UUGCAAGCAUUGCUCCCAGCCGGGCGUUCUUGCCGCACCAUGGCGUUUCCGGUCAUUGAAAGUCAGCCUGUUUUUCCCCCGGCUGCUCCUGAAGACUUGCGUCCUCUGACAUCCUCGGGACUCCAGUGCGGUCCGGAGGACGUCACACUGGGGCGUUCGAGCGUUCUGCGACGCACCAGUUGGUGCCCUCGGUGGGGACGGUUGGAAGGUGUUCUCCCUCCCGCAGAGCCGGUGUGCCGGGAGGAAACCCGGAAUCCUUAGCCUGAGUCACAGAAGCUCUAUGGAUCAUGGAAGUGAGCACACUUUUGCUCUCUAGAAACGUUGAGGCCUUCCGUCAUUUAGCAGUUAGAAAUACGGACUCUUGGUGGUCAUCUCUGGCAGCGCAAAACAAAAAGGAAAGUUAUUGCCUUCAUCUUCGGUUCCUGUACAAUUCGAAGUGAAUACUUCCAUGAAAAUUUAGAAAGUAUGUCAGAGUUGGAAACAAUGAAUGUCAAUGGUCCUUCUCAAGACUUCUCCUACUCAGACUCACCCUUCUGUAUAGAAGCCAGCUCCUCCUCCUCCUCAGACCUGCUUCAGAAUGAAACAAAGAAUGUAAAAAGGAGAAAUGAGUCUACACACACAUUCUCUGAAGACAUUUAUAGCACAGAAGGCAGUUUGUUAGGUGAUAUCAACCUUGAGAAUUACCCAGAGAGUGCGCAGAAUAAACCAGCUAACACUAGGGUUUCUUCCUUGAGACAAUUUGAACCCAUUUGCAAAUUUCACUGGAUAGAAGCAUUUAAUGAGGAAACAACAGUUCAAGACCUGAGGGGGGCGUUUUCUUACGCGGAGAAGCCAGAGUUGCAACGGCAGGUGUACAGUGAUACAGCAGAUGCCAGCGAAAAGCCAGAUCCACUUAAGGAAGAGAGUUCAGUGGGAAGCAGCAUUUCUGAAAAUAAAGACGAACUUGUUCUUGAGCACGUGAGGAAAUCUCCUAGAAGUCUGUGUCUAAACUACUACAGAGGAGAGCCACUCACGGAAACACCAUUCGUGAGAAGUGCCGUUGUAGAUGUCGCCCUCAACACCAGUCAGCCUCAAAGCUUUCUUGGUAAAGAAAAUGUCCGUAGAAAUGGUGAAAAUUUGUCUGAUAGUGAGAAUUGCUUCGACCAGCUUGACUUGAGAGCUGUUUAUAAAGCAGAGGAGCCCGAAGUUUCUUCAAAAGGAAUACAGAAUUCUGGGGAGAUUUCUGAAAUAACAGUUAGUCACCAGGAGGAAGUCACAGAAGACGACGGCGUCGACAGCCUAGCCAUUACCUCACCAUGGUCUCCGGCUGGCAUCUUCAAGGGAAGUAGAUCUCAGGAAACCUUCCUGAUGCCUGACAGGGAGCUAGGCUUUGAAAGCCUGGAGCCCCUGGAAGAGGACAUGGCUUUAAAUGAAGCCUUGCAGAAAUUAAAACAGACUAACAAAAAACAGGAACUGCAGAUUCAAGAUCUCCACGGGAGGAACUUAACCUUAGAAAGUAGGGUGCAAGAACUACAGACAAAAGUCACGAAGCAGCACGUGCUGGUGGACAUCAUAAACAAACUAAAGGUCAAUAUUGAGGAGUUAAUCAAUGACAAGUACAACGUAAUCCUAGAGAAGAAUGACAUCAACAAGAAACUUCAGGAUCUGCAGGAGGCUUCGGCUAACACCAAAAAGCACCUUCAGGAAUCCAAGAAAGACAAGGAGAGCCUACAGCUCCAGGUGAAAAAGAUUAAGGUCCAUUAUGUCCGCUUACAGGAAAGGUACAUUGACGAGAUACAACAGAAAAACAGAUCGGUCAGUCAGUGCCUGGAGAUAGAGAAGACCUUAAGCAAGAAAGACGAAGAGCUCCAGAGACUCCAGCACCACAAAGGAGAGUUGGAGAAGGCCACCAGCUCCGCCCUGGACUUGUUGAAGAGGGAGAAGGAGAUCCGGGAACAAGAGUUCCUGUCUUUUCAGGAGGAAUUCCAGAGGCGGGAAAAGGAAAACCAGAAAGAGAGGCGGAAAUUGAAGUCGAGAGUUGAGAAGCUGGUUGCUCAGGUGAAGAGCUUGCUGCUCGCCUGUGAGAGCGAGAGAGCUCAAACCUCGGCGCUCCAGCGGCAGGUCAACGAGCUGAAGCUGGAGAACUUAGAACUCAGGCAGCAGACUGCGAAGAGGGAGGCCCUGGCGAAGGAGCGGCUGGAGGAAGCGGCCGAGCCAGACGUCACCCAGGAUACAAAGGGGGCACACUGUAAUUUGUUCCUGAAUUGCUCAUCUUGUAAAGAAAACCUGGAGCUCCAGCCAAUGAAGAGAACUUCUCCACUGACCUCUAGAAUUCACAGCCUUUUGGCCCUGACAAUAGGACUUCUCACUUGUCAGGACCGCGCCAUUCCUGAUGCGGAGCUGUGCCAAGAGAGCAAGAAAGCAAAUGACGUAAUGUUGCAAAGACUGAAGGACUGUCAGCUUAAAAAGAAAGAUUUAGAUAAAGAGUUAUUAAAACAUAAAAACAGAAUUGCAACUCUUAAAGAGUUAAUUGCUAAUGAAAAGGCACUUCAAGACCACACUAUUGAGAUCACAGAUUUUGAUGCAGAAGAGAUGAAGAAUGCCAGAGAUGCACCUGUGUUACUGUCUGUCAAACUGGAUAAAUACCACACUCUGAACGAGGAGCUUGACUUCUUGAUCACAAAGCUAGGGGGCCUUCUGGAGAGCAAAGAAGACCACUGCAGCAGACUUAUCGAGGAGAAUGACAAGUACCGGAGACAUGUAGGCAGCCUGAUAAAUAAGGUAACAUCAUAUGAAGAAAUUAUCAAAUGUGCUGACCAAAGACUUGAGAUAUCCCAUUCUCAGAUUGCACAUUUGGAAGAGAGAAAUAGACAUUUGGAAGAUUUAAUUAGAAUGCCCAGAGAAAAAGCCAGAAGGCCAAGACCAAGAUUAGAUAAUCACCCAAAGUCCAUGACAUUGAUAAGUCAUCUUGAGGGCCACCAUAAAGAAUGCUCUAUUUCCAUGUGAACUGACAUUAAUACAUGAUUAAAUAUUCAUUCCUGAAGUUAUAUUUAUUUGUAUGUGUGCAUGUGUGUAUGUCUACAUGUGUGUGUAUGUAUGUGUGUAUGUGUACAUGUGUGUGUGCAUGUGUGUGCGUGUGUGUGCUUGAAU